AAUUUCUACAUAACAAUGGCGACCCGAAAGGCGGUAACGAUCGGUCUGUGGCUUUUCUUUGCCGUAAGCUGCAGAGCUGUUUUCCUAAACAUUUUCUCUUCGGAACGGCCUCUGCUUCUUACCAAGUCGAAGCGAGAAACAACUUCAACACCGGGGAUGUUGCGGCUGAUUUUUACCAUCGUUACAAGGACGAUAUCAAGCUGAUGAAGGAGUUGAACAGCGAUGUUUUCCGGAUGUCGAUCUCAUGGUCGAGAAUAUUGCCUCGAGGAGGAAGCCACAAGAACAUGGAGGGAAUCAAGUUCUACAAAAGCCUCAUCAACGAGCUCGUUAAAAAUGGCUUGCAAGUAUCGGUAACUCUAUUCCAUUGGGAUCUACCUCAAGUCCUUGAAGACAAAUACGGUGGCUUUUUGAGCCGUCGAGUCGUCAAGGACUAUAGAAAAUUCGCCAAGAUAUGUUUCCAAGAGUUUGGGGACAAAGUGAAAUUCUGGGCGACGUUCAACGAGCCAAAGGUGUACAGUGUGGCCGGUUACGAUCGAGGCAUCAAGGCUCCGGGAAGAUGCUCCAAAUUCGUAAAUCCCGAGUGCGAGGCAGGUAAUUCCGCCACCGAGCCUUACAUCGUUUCUCAUAACAUUCUUCUCGCCCACGCCGCCGGAGUCCAGGAGUUCAGGAAAUGCAAAAAGUGCCAAAGCAUCAAAGCCAAGAUAGGAAUGGCGCACUCUCCGGUAUGGUACGUUCCAUACAGCAACACUCCUGCUGAUAAAGAAGCCGCCCAACGAGUCCUCGACUUUGAAUAUGGAUGGCACAUGCAUCCAAUGACAUAUGGGGAUUACCCAGAAAGCAUGAAGAAAAUUCUGGGGAAACGAUUGCCUCGGUUCAGCCAUAGCGAAUCUCGGAAGCUCAAGAACUCCUACGAUUAUGUCGGAAUCAAUUACUAUUCUACCAACUACGCAGCCGAUCUCAAGAACGUAGAUCCUACUAAACCAAGAUACACCACUGACGCACAUGCUGACAGGAGAACCGAGAAGAAUGGAGUUCCUAUCGGCCCAACGGCUGCUUCGGCUAACGUCGUGGUUUAUCCAAAGGGUAUGAGAGAAAUAGUGAAGUAUACAAAAGAUCGUUACAAGAAUCCCGUCAUGUACAUCACUGAAAAUGAGAUGACACGCUUAGGAAACCACCUAUGUGAAAGUGAAGUGUGGGCCGCUUCAAGGAGAAUAAUGGUUGGCCAGUUCUCUACGCUUUCAUGA